AUGAACAUGACUUUCCCCGCUGCCAUCACUUUCCAAUUCUCGGAAGAGGUAGAGACUUUGUCCGAGUCUUUCAAGCUCAGUAACUAUGAUGUCAACCCACCCGAAGUGCUCCUCAGCAAGAGCGACCUGGAAAAGUACCAGGAAAUGCUCAAAGGCAAAGUUAAAGCUGCUGAGGGCAACAGCGACAGCACGGUCACUUCCACCACCACCACCGAACUAUAUCAGCCCUCCGAUAGCGAUGUCUUCACCAAGGCACACUAUAUCGUCAACGUCGAGCUUGGGCUGUCCGGAGCAAAGCUCGUAUCAAGAAGUUUGCUUGCGACUGAACAGCAUUUCAUCACUCUGGGAAGCAUCCCCGUUGACGUCGUCGAUCUGGCCUUCCUCGAAGCCAAGGAUCGCGAAUAUCAGGAGAUCCUCACCCUCGCCGCGCCCACCAAGCCUGGCAAGAAGAAAGAGAAAGAAAACACGAAAAAUUCGGAAGCCGAGCGCAGAACUGAGCGAUUGAUCAGCAAGCGUCUUCUCCCCCCGCGUUCCACUUUGCAAGCUAGGAUGAGGGGUGCGAAGAUUUUUGAGCAGAAGGAAGACAUCAAGGCCAAGAUCAUCUUCCAUGAAGACCCUAACGACCGAUCGUUCAUCCGCCUCCGCAUCGCGCACCUGUACAAGGAUGAAAUGUACCCCAAGCAACAACCUACACAUAAGUUAGACAUCGAGCUCACCUAUCGUAACACCCGCCCCCGCGGCCAUCUUCCUCCGGACGAGGGAGACCGAUACUACGGGUCGGAGCGCAUUCUCGACGUCUCGGACAAAGUUUACCAAUCGUACUUGCAGAAACUCUUCCCACACCUAGUAAAGCAGAACCCGAGCUAUUGUGACAAGCUUUGGGCAACACUGAAGACCCAUCGUCUGUACUUAAUGCAGUUCCGUCAGAACGAGCUACCCAUGACCACCAACUUGUUCACAGAGCGCGCGGACAUGCCCGCCAAGUACCACGACCUCCAACUGGUGAUGCGACGCGCUCCUAUCAUCUAUAUACUGGCCCGCGGUACUGACAUCGACGCGCUCGCGAACUCAGUCAUCGACCGCUUCUGUGGGCUCUCGCAAUAUAACCCGCUGUCAAGAUUCUUCGUCAACCCACACAUCAACAACAAGGGGAUCAUGGAGACCGCCAUGCUCCCCAAGUUCAAGGCACUCCCAGAGAAUGCUUUUGAGGACUGGACAGAGUUUGCGAUCCGUGCUGGUGUCGCAGCGGUCAUCGAGAUGCGCUACGACACGGUCAUGCAAAUUCACAGAGGCAAGGCAGCCAUACACCCGGUGCCGCACACACAGUACCGAGAUGGUGAGAACGACACUGACUUGGCUCUCUACGUCAACUUCUUCGGCGAUAGACCUGAUGAAAACCUGCCGCGCCUUACUGUUGGUGAUCAGGUUAGAGUGGACCUUCAGGAUACAUGCGAAGGAGUUCGAUUGGUCAGCAAAGUUAUGUGGAAAGGUCGAAUCGUCAAUCCCAUCGUGUCGACUGGUUUUAGGCAAGUCUGUAUGGUCGUCCGCCGACCCAUGGAUGGAGAUGAGGUUGUCGACACCGCCAAGUAUACCGACCUAUCUGCGAGCGCGAUGGAUAAGAUGAGCUCUGAAGAGCUUCACACAUGGGCACAGAACAACCGCAACCGCACCAUCAUUGUCAUCAAAGAUGGGUCUGACACGGAAUGCAAGCGACUGUGCAAUGGCCUGAAAAACAUGAAGGUCCCUCACAAGCUUCAACCCAUCUUCGAAGGCAAGGAGCAUAUCCUCGAGCAGCUCCGCCUCCUCAUGCUCUGCAAGGACCACACUCGAUACGACAAGUCCUCUCUGUUCUCCACGAUCCACGAAGAUGACCGGGAAAAGUUCUCCACAAUCAUGGACCAAUCGCUUCGAGACUACCAGCGCGCCCCAAUCAAUGCAUGGCGAUCCGAGGGUCUCUUCGCCAAUGUCGCCGCCUUGGGAGGAGUUUCUGGAUCUGGCAAGACAUAUACCAGCAUCCACGUCCUCUGCGGGUACACUUUUCGUGUUAAGAUCAACCAUGCAAAGAAGAAUAUGCAGAACAUGGACCUGGUUCUCCUCAUCCGUGAGUUCGAGGAUGGACGAGCCACACAUGUGAGCAUCCAGAACGAGACCGUCGACCACAGCUAUGAGACCUGGGUUGCGAGAAUGCCUCAACUUUGCAAGGACAUGAAGGCUCCCAACAAGCUGGUCAUCCGCCUACACUCAGUCCAGACGGAGCACAGGGCCGUUAUUGCCAUGAUUGACUCCAACUUCUGCAAGGAGACCAGUGAUCCCAAACCCAUCGAGCGCGACUCCAAGCUCACAGGCACUGUCACCCAAGCCCUGCUCGAGCACUACCUCCGCGAGAUGAGCAUCACCUACUCAGGCAUUACUGACAAACGCCUUCGCCUGAUUGAAGGCUCCCUCGCAUAUGUUAUUUUGCAGCUCGCUCGUUUUGGCAACGUCCCUAUCACUGAGGAAGUCGCAAACACCUGGACUGAAGAAGAGCGCGACAAUCUUGCCGAAAAGUUGAAGCCGCUUAUCAAGGCUCGGGAAGACCUCGAAAGCGAAGACCGCAUCACGCGGGACAACAUGCGCGACGUUGGCAGGGCUUUCCAAGUAGGCUACAUUGCUGUCCUGCAGCGCGCAGCCGUGAUAUGCACCACUUUGGCUGUUGCGACGACAACUUCAUUACAGAUCUACCGCCAAGCCCAUGCAGUCUGCCUCGAAGAGGCCGGGCGAGGCAUAGACCUGGACGUUACCGCCUUACUGUCUACCCAUUGGGCGUGCGACUUGAUUAUGAUGGUUGGCGACCACCGACAGCUGAGCUUCUCCCCCUACGGGCCCGAAAUUGACAACCCGUUUCAAGACCAACUCCCGCGUUCAACCUUCUCUAGAAUGUACUAUACUGGCUUCCCUAUGAAGAUGCUUAAACACACCUCACGCUUCACUAUUCAGCCAUUGCUUGAUCUAUGCCGUCGCCUCAACAACGAUCAUAGCAUACAGGAAGUACCAGAGUCGUUCGAUACAGAACUAGAAGCACACGCCAAGCUGGUUAACCAGCAGAUAUGGGGCAAGAAAAGCACUAUUGUAGUAGUCGACACUCCUACUGCAGACACCCGACGUGAUGCGACUGGAUCGUGGUACUGUAUUGACACCGCACUCGUCACGAUUCACGACGUGGUCAACCGAGUUUUGCUAACCCAAGGCGGCAAUGUGCUUGUCAUCACGCCCUACAACGCACAGCUGCGCUUGCUGAACACGUUACGCGACGGAGCAAUUCGAGAUGCGAAGAUGAGCGGCAAGGAGCGUCUGGCAUUUGAGCUGUCCCGUGUAUCAAUGCUUACUGUCGACGCGUCUAUGGGCAAAGACCGACACCAUGUGGUGUUGGACACAGUCGGAAACGCGGACGGAUUUCUCUGGCUCCAGCCGCGCAUGCUCGUCGCGGGCACACGCGCACGCUCUAGCCUUGUAUUUGUUGGCCCAGCAUCUCACUACUCCGUAUCUAAGUCAGGCAUUAACCGCCACCUUAUGGACUGUCUGCGAGAAUGGGCGGAUAACCGACUGAUGGUUACGCUCGAUCAAAACCAGAUGAACAAGCUUGAGCAAUACCCUAGCAUCCAGAACGCCAUGCAAAUCACGCGCUAUGGUAUAGAGCAAGGCAUCGCACUUAACUACCGUUAG